GGUAAAUUGCCACAUUACGAUCUCGACACCUAUAUAUGGAGUUCCUCCUCAAUCAUCUGCAAAUAACAACAAAGAGCAUUGAGCAUUCUGCAAGGAAUUGCAGCAGGGGAUUAGAGCUGUCUGCAACGAUGAAGAGCAGCACGCUCAUGGUGAUCCUGCUGGUUCUCCAUGCCGUCCUGGUCAUGGGCAUCUUUGCGGCCGUGGCCAAAGAAAACGCGGUGGGGGAAAGCAAGGGCAACAGGGAGACCAACGGGGGCAAGCUGCGUUGCUGCAGCAGCUGCAACUUCUCCUUCUCGGGGCUCUACACCUGCGACGACGUCGUCAAGAAGUGCGACCCGGUCUGCAAGAAAUGCACCGCCGUGAGGGGAUCGAAGGCGAAGCACAACCCUUCCAAGCCCAAGAAGCUGUUCCAGUGCACCGACACCUUCCUCGGCGUCUGCGGCCCACCCUGCAAGAACUGAUGGACCAUGUCCUCCUCCACGUACGUUGCAGACGACCCAAGUAUGGCUCAUAAAAAGUGAUCCUUAUGUAGUAGCUCGUUGCUGUUGGGUUUCAGGGAUCAACGCCUGUUUGUUACACGUCAGUCAGUAGGUGUGCCCCUGCUCAAUCGAGCUAGCAUAAAAACGGCGCAGUUAUCUAUAAUAAAGUCGGUAUAUAAUUGGGAACAGAGGGAAUACUAAAUAUGUACUUCUCUGUCUCAAAAUAAAUGACGUGGAUUUAUAUAAAUUCUUAUACAAAUUCACGUCGCGUAGGAAGUAUCAGAUAUUCAGAUCUAGAUUGUCGA